CCUUAUUUCCCGUGAUUCAUAGCUUCGUGGUGCUUGACUGUACAAUCCGGAUGAUAUCACAACCCGGAAGUAGUUAUCACGGACUGUUCAAACACCGCCAUCGCGCUGUCACUGACGGAGCUAUAAAGGCAAUACCUCAAGAUGCAGGAGAGCGAAGGGACCGAAAGCCCUCUACAGAAGAUGGAAUCAGAGAUCGACAGCUACCAGGAGCGACUGGACUACCUCAGCACCAAGAGAGACAGGGUGGAGGAGGAGCUGGAGCACAUCCUUGAGACGACGCAGGAAUCUUUGCAAAGAAAGAAGGAAGACCUUCUAGAGAGGCUCAAUGACAUCUUCUGCAGUGAGAGAGACAAGCUGCUUCUGGACAUCAGGGACAAAGAGGCAUCGGUUUGCGAAACACGAUAUGCUUCUAAUCAGAUCCAGGAACUGACACGGUCGGGUUCACGAGAGGAGGCAGAGCAUCUCGAGAAGGAGUUGGAACGGAAGUGUGUUCAAAUCGGGCUGCCAUACGAUGAAGAACAGCCAAGGUUAGUUGACAUCAAUCUCAGUGUCAAUUUUGGGGAACUGAUGAGAAUUGUGAAUAAUUUGCCAUUUGGAGACGUUGAUGCUGUCUACGAUGAUAGGGGCGUGAGUGUGAUGAAACGCUACUUGAGUUCAUCCUCCCCCGAUUCUCCGACCGACUGUUGUGAUGAACCCUUUGUCGGGAGAACCGUCCAGACAAACAUUCUACCAACUAAGGUAGAAGGGGACAAGACGGAUCCGAAACUCAACGACAUCGCAGUCGUAAAAGUGGAUUCGGUCUUUACCAUCGUGGUCACAGACAGAUCCAACAAAAGCGUCAAAUCAUUCUACAAACGGGAAGAGCUUUCGUUUUUCAGUCGCGAAUCUACACCCACACAGCCAAGAGGGGUAGCUAAGGUGUGCAAUGGAAGAGUCGCCGUCACCCUUCCAGACUCGAAGAUAAUCAGAAUCUACAAAGUAACCCCUACCCUAAAACGUGAUAAGGAUAUUAAAACUUCAAAAGGCUACAGAGGUAUUGGCAUGCUGGAUUCGGACACCUUGGCCGCGAGCACGUACAAGAUCUACCCUGGAACAGUGGAUGUUCUCGACUUCAAAGGGAAUAUUCUCCACUCUAUCGAAAAGGAUGAAAGUGGUCAUCAUCUUUUCGACUACCCUUUCUACUUAUGUACAACACCUGACAAAAAUAUCAUCACUUCAGACUGUGAACGGAAAAUGAUCACCUGUUUGACAAGGACUGGUGAUAUCAUCUUCCGGUACCAAGGAAAUAGCGAUGUGCCCUUGCAAUACCCUUUGGGAAUAGCGCUGGAUAUGUUUGGAGACAUAUUGGUUGUGGAUUGUGACAAUCAUAAGAUUGUGAAAAUCUUUGACGACGGGAAUGGUGCUAAAGAAUAUCUGAUGAAGUCUGACGGGAUAUGUGGCCCAUACAGCAUUGACACCGACGACAAUGGAGUCGUGUACAUAGCUCAGUGGAACGGAGAUGUCAAGAUAUUUAAUAUAGGCUGAGUGAUUUGUUUGUGAGUGGAGGGACCGUUGAACAUAAGUGUGCUCAGGUAUGGGGAGGGGGUAGCCUACUGAAGGAAUUAAUCGCUCUUCACGCCGAAGAUCCAGGUUCGAUUCCUAAUAUUGAGUACAGUGUCCAUUUCUUGUGACCCCGUGAUAUUGUGACAAUGCUGGAAUAUUUCUAACAGCGGAAUAUAACCAAAUUUAAUUAUAUAUUGAUUUAUUUAAACUGAUCAUUGAGCUAAAUGACGUGUGUGUUUCUUAACGAUCAAAGACACUUGAAUGCUUCUAGUGCGAUGGUCAACAAGAGUUGUAUAUUUCCCAUGGAGCUGAGAAUGACAUGAGAAUUCACACCAUCUGUCGAGACAUGUAGUAUAGACAUUCUACGAUAACUUGUGCAUUCACAAUCAUACCUCAUGCGGACAUACAGUCAAAUACCACCGUAUCGAACUCUGAUGUGUGGAACUGAUGUUAUCUCGAAGUAAAAAGCUAUUUUACAGCUGCGUCGUACCUAAGUGUUUUUAUGACUGAACACAUUUCAUGAAUUCUGAAUUAGUGAUGAUACCUUUGCUAAAUAAACAAGAUAUGAAAUAUAUAUGUUGAUUUGUGUGAGUAAAGUUAAUAUUAUGGAUA